CUGUUAGAUACUACUUGAAAUUUAAGUCCAGCAGUGAAUCUUUAACUCCGAAGAAGAUAGGUGCGUUCACGGCUUGAUACCAUUCAGUAUAAGUGCUGCUUUCUAGAUUUGUGGGUGGUUGCAGUGAUCUAGUGUAAAUCGAAAUAAGUAUUUCCUGAAAAAUGUCAUCUAAGCCACAGCCGCCAGCAAUACCAAACUUUGGAGAACUAAUCGAACCUUUCUUGGACGGAAAGAAGCUGGUGUCCUACGAGAGUGAAUAUUUUACAGCACCUGGGGAUAAUUAUGGUAGCACAAUCUUCAAAGUGGUGGCAACAGUCCAGAAUGCAAAUGGUACCGAAAAGACAAAUUUGGAUCUGAUCGCCAAACUGCUACCAGAAAAUGAGUUCUUUCGGCAAAUGUUUCAACCUGAACGCACCUUCAGAACUGAAAAGCAUUGCUAUAUGAAAAUUGCCCCGGAUUUUAUUAGACUUCAGAAAGAGGCUGGACUUUCGGAUAAUGAAAUGACAAAUGUUUUUGCAAAGUGCUAUGGUGGACGAAUAUCUUUGAAAAAGAAUGCAGAUAAAGUCGAUUCAGGAGCGGCUUUGAUACUUGACAAUUUGGCUACCGCUGGCUAUGUAAUGGGAGAUCGCUUAAAAGGAUUCGACUACGAAACUACGGUGGUUAUUAUCAGAGAUUUGGCUAGAUUUCAUGCAACUUGUGUUGCUUAUCGAACGAAAUAUCCUGAGGAGUUUGAAAAAUAUUCUAAGUCAUUUUUGAAACCAUUCGCUGUGGAUCAUGCUUUACCGGAAGAUAUGCGCACUCAGAUGAUUGAAGAUAAUCUCAAUAUCAUGAAAAAUUUGCCUGGAGUGAAUGAUGAACUGUUUGAGAAAAUUAAGAUUGCCUUCAGCCUAUCCGAUGAACACGUCAAUAAUUUGGAGCCUCGUCCAGACUCAUUGUUUACAGCGAUUGCUCACAAUGAUUUCUGGACAAACAAUAUGAUGAUCCGUUAUGACGCACAAGGAAAACCAUUAGAUAUGAAAAUGGUCGAUUUCCAAAUAGCCACUUAUGAUUCUCUAAUACACGACCUUGUGUUUUUCCUAGCUCUCAGUGUGCAAACUGAUAUUAUGAAGACAAAAUUCGAUGAUUUCGUGGAGCAGUAUUAUAACCAAUUUAUAACAUGGUUAGAGCGUUUGGGAUGUGAUACUACCAAUUAUAGUUUUGAAAAAUUUGAUAUUGAGUUGCAUAGAGUUGCAAUAGUUCAAUUAGAACACAUUGCCACCAUGCAUAAAGUGCUUUCAAUGAGAAAGGACAAACUUCCGGAUGUCCUAGAUAUGGAUGGGACACAAAUGUUCGACAAAAAUUUGUUGCACGAUAAUUUUUAUGAUAAAUUAUGGAAUAUUGUAGAACUGUUCCAAGAAAAAGGGUUCUUAUCAACUCAGUUGUCUACGCACUUUUAAGGCAACAGAACUAGAGGCUUUCAAUUUCUAGAUAACAAUUACGAUUCGAUGAAGAACUUCACCAAAUUGCAGUUUUACAAUUUCAACAUGUCGUAGUCAUGCACAGAGUCCUUUCUUUGCGAAAAGAUAAACUUCCCGAGGACCAAUUAACGGAUGUGGAUUUACUCAUGAAUACGGAAAAC